CUACACUAAUUUAUAUUUAUCUUCAUUUAUAUCUGCGAAUGUUAACGACUUAUUAUCUCGUUCCCCCACGCUAAGUUAUCACACACAGUCGUGGGAACGAGUUUGUAAGUCGUGGCCAAGAGAUAAAAAACAUUAAAUCCACAAAUGUCACCUCUAGACUCUAGUGAAUGUAUCUUAAGGUGAAUUGCUUUCAUGAAAAUAUUGCUACUAGCUACAUUUAAUUGACUGGCGUUUCUUUUUUAAGGUACUCGCUCAUGUUUUGUAAAUAUGCAAAUUUUUAGGCCGUAUUUGAAUUACGAUACCAAAAGCUGUAACCCUUCAGCAAAUGUUGAUAUUCGCUCAAACUUCGUCUUUGAGAAGCACAUUUUGAGGAAGUAUUUCAAAAAGGACUUUUUACACGCGAUAGAUACCCUGCAUGUUUACAUAAUGAAAAUUAUUUUGCUGCGAUAUUGUGAAGUUACUAUAUCGACAACUUUACAGCACUACCGGUUUAAUUACUAGUAUAUUUGAAUUACAACAUAUUCACGCGUUAAAUCCGGUUUGCAUCCGGUGCGCCCAUCCCCCUAAAAUGGUUUGAAUUUCAAUAUCGAAGAAAAAAGGACUAAAAAUUAUUACACUCUUCUUGGUACACCCAGCCGCCAACAAUUUAAUCUACUUCAAUUUCUGCAUGUCGAGGGAGGGGCUAAUGUCAAAACGUUGUGCACAUAAAAUACGCCCCCUCUAACGUCAUUUACUGGAUCCACCCCUGCUAUACACUCGGUUACCUGUAUUGUCUCACCGUUGCCAUUUUUAUAAAUAAUGUAUUACUAGUAAACAACCUACAACUAUAAUACAAUUGUGUUACAUAUGAUAACAGAUCAAUAAGUAAAUAAAAAAUAGCAUGUUAGUGGUGAAAAGUCUUUAUUAUAAACUAUACACAUUGGUUUAAGAGAUUUCAAAAUGUAAAAUCAUACAAAAUGUCGAUGUCCAUGUUUAUUGCGAUAUGUUUUAGGGCGUGUCGUUAAAACCUUAAUUAACACUAGCGGAUUUAGAGGAGGGAGGGGUGGCUAGAGAGUAAUAUGUUACGCUAAAUGCACCAUUUCUCAAACGAUAAGUUACGCCCCCUCUUAUGUCGAUUCCUGGACCCGCCCCUGGUUAACACAUUGAUGUAGGAUUGCAGGCACGUGGCGGUGAAUUGAAACCUAUAAAACAAAUAGUUAAAAAGAGUAUCUCAAAAAUGACCGCCGUGUUAGAACAUUGGGGUUCGGAAGGUCGCAAUAUACCAUCAGAAUACGUUUUAGUUGUAUCGUUUAACACUUUAAACACUGUACACAUUGACUUGAACAACAGCCGCCAUGAGGGGUUUAAUUGAAACCGAUAAAAUAAUUCUUCACUUUAUUAAAUUUUGUUUGUCUUCUAUUUUUCAUCAAAUUUUGUUAAUUUUACUAACUAAUUCAAGGCGCCUUCAAUGGUCUUUAUGUAAGCGGGUAUUUGAUGUGAAUAUAGCGGCAAUUAUACUCACUCGCUAUUAUAUAGAGCUAGAUUGUAUAGCGACGCGGUAGAGUGUCCGCAUGCAGAGCGACAGGUCGUGGGUUCGAACCCCGACAGGUGCAGAGAGCAAUUUGUGCAGUAUGUUAAAUUUGUCAUUGCAAACUGACCUUUCUCUUCGAAAUUGGAGAACGAAAUUCUAAAUAGACUGGGUAUGUGUAACUGGGUAUUUGAUGUGAAUAUAGCGGCAAUUAUACUAUCUCGCUUUAGGGCAAGUUUUUAUUGCGACACGGUAUAGUGUACGCAUGUAAAGCGAAACCCCGACAGGUGCACAUAGCAAUUUGUGCAGUGUGUUACAUUUAUCAACUGCAAUGUCUGUUUCUAUGUUACCUUGUUCUUUGAUAAAGUACCGAUUUGUGAUUUCGCAAUAUACAUGUACAAAAAUAACAACAUUUAACCUCGAUGUUUUUAGUAACGACCAAAAUCUCAGAAUUGUUAUUUAUAGCAUGUAAAAACCCAUAUGUACAUGUGUUACUAUAACUAGACAAAUUUUCCAUUUCUCUAUAAAUAGUCUAUUAAGCCCUGUCACCACGGUCGUUGGAAUUACCGAAACCCGAAAUUAUGGAAAAAACCGAAACACCCUUUCAUUUUCCUAAGUAUAUAUCGUAUAAGUAUUUCGGUAUUUUGGUAUUCCACCGACCACACCACGGCCACUUAAAUUGGAUUUCAUUUCAACAUAGUCGAGGUUUCAGUGGCGCGUGUUACUGAAUGUUAGGAACCCUGAACAAGCGAUCUAGGGGGAUUCCAAACAACCAGUUAGAGUGUUGUAUCCAUGCGACGAAAGGUCAUGGAAUUCCAAUAUUGCAUCACGACGUAUCAGUAAGCCGUCGUUCACUUGAAACAUGGCUUCAAAUGAAGAACAUUUUACCAAACUGGUUUUAUACUUACAAAAACCGUGUUUAAAAUUAUUUCGAGCACUACUUAAUAAAUGUGUUGAGACGUUAUACCCUGGACAAACUGUUUACCAGAUUCUGUUAACUAAAAAGUCGAUAUUGUUGAAUACGAGACAUGGACACAACAACAAAAACAGAUAUUUUCCCGUGGACGCGACUGGCGCAGACCAACCAACCAAUCUCGAUACAUGGGAUAUUGGAAUGUAUGUGUAUAUUCUUACACGUUACUGCAACUGGCUGGGAAACCAGGGACACGUCAUAGACAUUAAGUCGCUCAGAGACGCAGUUUGUCAUCUUGGUUUCCCACAAAUAUCUUCGUCAGAUUAUGAGCGGCAUUUCGAAACAAUUAAAAAGUUCAUUCGUGACAUGCUGUUAUAUAUUGGCAAUGAUUCACUGGAACAAGAAAUAAAGCUCGAUGUGACCAAUUUAGAAGGACCUCUGACAAAAGAUUUUAUUGAGUAUGCCCAGAUCUGCCACAAGCUUUACCAGGGCGAUCAACGACUUAUGGAAAUCGUUCAAGAUCACAUGAGUGUAACGGAAUCACACGGGCAGAUGUUUCAGAUGUUAUUCACAGAAUUACAAGAGGUCAAAUCGAGGCUGCCACAGAAUGUACUUACGCAAGCUACUCCUCCAGACAACGCAUCUGUUCUCAUGCGUUUGAAGAACUGCACCCCAGAGGAGGAAGACGAAGUGUCAGAUCUGCUGGUUGGUUGUUUUUCUGACGUUAUUCAUCAAACUGAGGAGUUCCAGGUGUCAGCAGUAGACGAAAGUGAAAAACUUAAGUCUGCUGUCCGACAGGCUUUUCAGGAGUUGUGUCAUGGGCGAGUGAGUAAUGCAGAACAGGGAUGCCUCAUACUUUACUUGACUUUCGAUUCAUUUGAAUCGUUCCUGGAUUUCAUUGAUGGUGUUUUCUCCGGAGCGAUUACCGAUAUGUUCAGAGCGCUCCAGACAGCCAUAAGAGAUACCUUCAACAAACCAAAUUUAGAAGUUGAUGUUGUUAUGAACACGAACCAGUUUACAUACUGUUUCCAGUAUAUCAUGGAGUGCCUCAAAAGGCUACUUCCUUCCAAACAAGCGGACGUGAACGACAUGGAAACAGCUGCUCCUUCAAACCAAGGAGAAGCGGAAGACAUGGAAACAGCUGCUCCUUCCAGCCAGGGAGAAGCGAAAGAUAUGGAAACAGCUUCUCCUUCCAGCCAGGGGGAAUCGAACGACAUGGAAACAGCUGCUCCUUCCAGCCAGGGAGAAAAGAACAACACCGAAACAGCUGCCAUCGGCGGAUUAGACAGAACACUGGAAAAUACUACACCACCAGAGGUUUCAAGUAUGCCAAUUAAUUUGCCAGAAAAAGACGCAAACUCGUCAAAGAAGUUUGCCAUUGUAACCCCCUUUAUUUCCUUAGAUCCUUCUUCUAUGAUUGCGGAAAGCUUAAGAACAGAGUCACAGGGGACUGAAUCUCUUGAAUCUGAUUGGAGAACCAAUGAAGGGGAUGGUGAAUUUGAAGUUAUUGAAUUUGAGCACUCGCCCAGCAAUGCAAAUGAAGGUCUUCAAAUGAUGGGUGCGCCAUUACAGCCUCCUGAAGAAACAACCAAGCCUCGUGACGCCGAGGGUCGACCUGCUGAUGGUAAUGCAUCUUCAGCUAAACAUGAAGAUAGACCGCAGCCAUCCCAUUCAGGUUGGAAGUCUCCUCCUGAUGUUGAUUCAGCUAAUUCUAUCAAACACACAAUUAGCCAAUAUCUUCAAAAAGUGAAGGUGUCUCGAGCUGACGCAGAUGAGCUGGAGAGGCAGUUACAAGGUGAACUAAUGGACACAUGGAGUGAGUCGUGUGAACUGGUAAAGGGGACGAGGAUAAGAGUUGACAAUCUCGGUGCAUAUUUGCAUCAUCUCGUCGAUGCAUAUGAAGGCAUUGACAUCGCAACUAGAAGGAAGAUGGAGGGCAUUUUGUUCUCCAGAGAGGCUUGGAAACAUGAACUUAUUGAAUGGAAAAUCAACACUGGAAAUGAAAGCGGGUCUCGAUACGGCAUGAUAGCAUUUUGUAAAAGCCCUGAUGGCCUUUUCUUGGAUUGCAUGUGUGUUCUUUACAAAAUGAAUUUCAAGGUUUCACCGCAACGAUUAAUUAAGACACGCGACAAAUCGGCACUUUUUGGCUUGAUCACAUGGACGACGACUGAAGAACAAGUCCAGGAAAGAACGCUGGGAGCGUAUUCCAUAAAAAGAUUGAAGAACUUUUUUCGUCUGAAGGCAUUGAAAGGCUUUUACCACGAGGGCAUUAUUGAUUCAAUUGACUAUGUAAGAUCAUUAAAUGACGUACCAUAGUUUACAUGUAACUUGUAGAUCUACAAGAUGUAGCGCUGACAUUUCAUCAAAUUAUCUUGAUAAAAGACUGAAACACUACGACUUUUACGUCAACUUUCUGUGUUGAUAUGCAUGCGUGUAAAAGUGCUUUAUGUGAUGAUGUAUGGAAAUGUGUAUGGUUGAUCAAUAACUAAAAUAAAAUCGAGAUCAUGUGCA